AUUUAAUCAUCAUGGGCCCCACCCCCAGCUUCAAUUGGUGGAUUCCUUCAACUUCACUCCUAGCCCGGCCUCGUUGCCGCUGAUUCGUGGAAUCGGUUUGACGGAUGUCUUUCGAUGGCCGAGAAUUUCCUCGAAUCUCAACCCCGGAUUUCCCCAGACUCCCCCGUCUCAUUCUAGUGAUACCCCAACACCUCGCUUCAUUCGACUUUUCCCCGGAUACCCCACCACUUAGAUGUCUGAGUGUUCCUUAUCAAUACUGGGUCAGGAUGCUAGUGCCGCCGGGAAGGAUUGGUCGAGCUCGCUUGGCUCUUAACGUGGCCAGAGGACUGCAGCUAUCACGGUUGUGUCCCGUGGUUCUUAUACGAAUAUCGUUCUUCUUGUGGCUGUUUUGCCUUGUCAUUCUUUCUAUCAACCGCCUGAUGACUCGUACCACUAUAUAUACCUGAGUGUGGCAGUGGAUGAAUUCCCAGUUGACCCCUUUUCUCUCAUAUGAGUUUUCCUACUAUCUCCCCAUAGACAUCAGUUGGCUACUGGGAACAAGUGACUCUUGCGCCUGUCAUAGUCUGAUAAUAUAACUGAAGCUGCAACGCAGCAAUCAUGGCGUUCAAAUUCUUGGGCUCUACAAGAGCCUAUAACUGGUAUAUUUCUUGCGUCGCAGCAGCAUGCAUGGUUCUUUAUGGAUAUGACGCAUCGGUAUACAACUCCGUACAAGGUUCGAACAACUGGGUCGUCUAUUUCAAUGACCCGGAUGACAACAUGAUCGGAGCUAUCAAUACGGCUUAUACUGUGGGUGCCAUCUUUGGUGGUUUCUUCUUAGGAGGGCCUACAGCAGACUUUCUUGGCCGUAAAUUUGGAAUGGCAAUUGGUUGUGUCAUGGUGAUCGCUUCCACGUUCAUGCAGACUUUCGCCCCCCGUGGUAACAUUGCAUGCUUCCUUGCUGGGCGGUGCAUAAUUGGUGUCGGUCAAGGCAUUGCUCUGACUGCGGGUCCAAUCUACAUUGGCGAGCUCGCCCCUGCAGAAAUUCGUGGAAAGAUCAUGACCUUCUGGCAAAUGUUCUACUCGGUUGGUUCCUUUAUCUGUUUCUGGGUGAACUACGGGUGCACAGAACACAAGGAGAAUCUAGGUGAAUGGGACUGGAAGAUGGUUGUUAUCUUCCAACUCUUAGUUCCUUGCUUAAUUCUAGCACUUAUGCCAACCAUCCCAGGCUCUCCACGAUGGUACAUCCAACGGAGCAAUGACGUUGAGAAAGCCCGUAAGGCUCUCCAAAAAGUUCGCGAACCACAUGAGGUCGAGGAAGAACUCCUAAAAAUCCGCGAAGCUAUUGAGUACGAAAAAGAGGCCAUCUCUGGAAGCUACUCAGCGCUGUGGAAAGACAGGUCUCUCCGCAAGCGUAUGGCUCUCGCUCUGGUCGUUAAUGCCGGCCAGCAGGUCACUGGACAAGGCACGCUGAACACAUACUCUACCAAGAUCUACCAAAAGGUGUUUCCCAGUGCUGGUCAGAUUGCUCUCAUCAAUGCUCUCAAUGCGACCUUUGGAAUUAUUUUCACACUCAACGCUGUUUGGAUUAUUGAUCGAUUUGGGCGCAAAUUUCUUCUAAUUGUUGGUGGCAUCGGUAUGGGAAUCUGCAUGAUCAUCGUUGCAGCUGUCGAGACCGAAACCCCAUCAAUAGGUGAUCCCGGCUCAGACGUCAAGAGCACGCCCGUCGGCAUAUCAAUCGUAUUCUUACUCUUCCUAUUCAUCUUCUUUUACAAACCUUCUUGGGGAGCUACCGUGUGGAUUUGGACUUCUGAGAUUUUCUCUAUGAAUGUCAGAGCCCAAGCAGUCGGAAUGGCAUCACAGACACAGAACGUAGCCAAUGCCAUCGUCCAACAGUUCUUCCCAACUUUCCUCAACAAUUGCGGCUUCUACGCCUUUUACAUGUUCGCCGGUAUUAACUUCCUCUUGUCGGUGUUUGUGUUCUUCUUUAUCCCCGAGACCAAGCAGGUUCCUUUGGAAGAGAUCGACGCUCUUUUCGGUGGCGCCAAUCACGUCACACACGGCGAAGCGCUUGUGGCGGGUGAGAAGCAAUUGCAGGUGAUGCAGUCGAACACGGGUAAUGAAAAGGCUGAAGCAGUCACGAUUGAGAAUGCCCCCCCACGGCAGCACUGAUGUCUUGCUACAGUAUGUAAGUAAGCUUAUGAAUCUUCCAUUCUGUGCUUGCAUGAAUCUUGAUGUCUCUUUGAGCAGUCAAUAUUGGGAGGGGUUAGUCUGGCUACUUUUCCUUAGAAUACUAUAGUGUGCUAGAUCCAGAAGGAGGUUAGCAUCAAAGUUUAUGUAUUUAAAACGAUGUACUCGUAGUAAACAAUCUUGUGGAACGGCCCUAUAUUCAAUUCCAUCCUCAAAUGCACAUGUGGGGAAACAUGGGGAAGCCUUAGGGACUGUUCCUUUUUUUCUCUUCUCUUUUUCGUCUUUUUCGUCUUUUUCGCCUCUCUAUACGAGAAUGAACUCACAAGUCUUCCUUGUUAGUUUCAUUCUCAGCCUACUAUAGUUCAGUGUUUUAUAAACUCUUUGAUCGA